AACGAUUCUUGUGAAAUUGAAGUAGAAAGCGCCGCUGAAAGAGUUGUCAACGUUGUUGGCUAUUCAGUUAUUAUCCCCGUAUCUAUUAUCGGCAACACUCUGCUGAUAUGUGCAGUGAAACAAAAUAAUCGACUCAACACCAUUACAUACCGCCUCAUUAUAAACAUGGCCGUCGCAGAUAUACUGGUUACGGUCUGUAAUAUGCCUGGACGACUUACAAGGUAGAUAACGGGUCAGUAUUAUUGGUUCGAAGGGAUACCAGGAACGGUACUCUGCAAGUUCGCAAGUUUUAUAUCGGACUCGACAGUCUCCUGUUCCAUAUUAACACUGACAGUGAUCGCAUUUGAGCGUUUCUGUCUGAUAAAAUUUCCAUUCAAAAAGAUCAUCACGAUGAAAGCUGUGAAAUUUGUUAUACUGGCUAUUUGGCUAGCAUCCUUUCUCUCCGUGUCUCCGUUACUCUACGCCAUGACUACCCAAGAAAUAGAUGGAAUUGUUUACUGCUAUGAAGACUGGACGCCUUUGUUUGACCAGGAAACAGCUGCGAAAGCCUACACAGUGAUUACAUUCGUCCUACUUUAUGCCGUACCAUUAUUAAUCAUCUGUGUCUUUUACUCCAUCGUUGUUUACAAGGCCUGGAUUCGGCCGGUACCUCUAAACAACCGUUCAAGAAGAGCAGCGGAGUUGGGAGCUCGCAAAAAAAUUCUCACGAUGCUUAUCGUUGUGGUUGUGGUCUUUGCGCUAUGUUGGCUUCCACUACACAUCUCGCUUUUCCUUUACUUUUUCCAGGCUGAUGAGUAUUUAUGUGGGAUUCCGCAAUCUGGAUUUAGUAUCGGUGCAGUUGGCCUGUUUCUAAGCCACACGGCCUCAGCGAUAAAUCCUUGCUUGUAUGUGGCGUUCAACAAAGAUAUCCGAAAUGGA